AUGAAGGCGCGGUCGUUGGAAUUGCCGAUGGGUAUGCUCAAGCAACGGGACAAACGGCGAAAUGCGAUGGGGGCAUUGAGUAAUGCAUGGAAUUCUCAUACACCUUUGGUAAUUACAGCAGGCCAACAAACGCGAACGAUGAUGGGUGUUGAAGCGCUAUUAACAAAUAUUGAAGCUGCUCAAUUACCAAAACCUUUAGUUAAAUGGAGUCAUGAACCAGCAAUUGCAAAUGAAGUACCACACGCGAUUAGUCGAGCAAUACAUAUUGCUGGUGCAGAGGCUGCCGGGCCGGUAUAUGUUUCCAUACCUUAUAAUGAUUGGGAUAUUGAAGUAGAUGGAGAAAAUGAACAUUUGCUUAAAAAGAACGUCACCAGUUCACAGUGUUUAUCAGAGCAAGAUUUAUUAUUUAUAAGUCAUAAAAUAAAUUCAGCUCAAAAAGUCGCUUUAGUUCUAGGUACGGAUGUAGAUCGACAAUUUGCCAAUCUUAGUGCAAUCCGUUUCGCAGAAGCAUUAAACGUUCCUGUUUGGGUUGCGCCAUCUUCACCAAGAUGCCCAUUUCCAACAACGCAUGCCUAUUUUCAGGGGAUUCUACCAGCAAGUAUUGCGGUAUUUGGUGCACCUGUAUUUCGUUAUCACCAGUAUGAACCUGGUCAAUAUCUAUCUGAACAUACAGAACUCAUUGCAUUCACUUGUGAUAUUCAAGAAGCAGCUCGGGCCGCAAUGGGUUUAUGCUAUGUGAGUGAUUUAGGCGAUAGCCUGACACGAUUAAGUCAGAAAGUUCAUGCAAAAACUGAUACGGUAGUUCACCGUCAUACAAUAGAACUGUCUCAGCCAAGUGAAAAUGGCUAUAUAAAGCCAGAAAGGCUGUUUGAUAUGCUUAAUAUUCUCGCGCCAGACGGCACGAUUUAUACAAAUGAAUCUACUUCAACAACCAAUGCAUUAUGGGAUCGUUUAAGCCUUACUGAACAAGGAAGUUAUUAUUUCGCAGCUGCGGGUGGCCUUGGUUUUGCUAUGCCUGCUGCGAUCGGAGUUCAGUUGGCACAUAAAACUCGUAGAGUAGUAGCACUGAUUGGAGAUGGUUCAGCAAAUUAUAGUAUUACAGCAUUAUGGACUGCUGCUCAGUAUAAAAUUCCAGUGAUCUUUAUUAUCUUAAAAAAUGGAACGUAUGGUGCACUGCGGUGGUUUGCAGGGGUUUUAAAUGCUGAACAUGUUCCUGGUAUGGAUGUCCCAGAUAUUGAUUUUACACACAUUGCCAAAGGCUAUGGUGUAGAUGCGUGUAGUGUAACGAAUGACAGUGAUUUUAUUUCCGCUUUUAACAAAGCAGUCGAUUCAGAGCAACCGACUUUGAUUGAAGUCGUGACAGCUGAGUUAAAAUUGCAUCAAUUAUUUAAUCCACAGCAGAUACUUAUUGAAGAUGUUGAUAAAAGCUUUUAUUUAAAAGGUUUUCGUGUUGGCAAGGGUGAUGCACUUGCUGUGGUUAUUCCUUAUAGUUUAUUCCAGCUAUGGCAAGUUAUUGAAUUUGGAGUCAAACAUAAUUUAAUCAUAAUUUUGCAAGCAUCUAAUACAGGUGUAACUGGUGGUUCUACACCACAUUCUAAUGAUUAUGACCGAGAAGUUAUUGUUGUAAGUACAAUGAAACUCAAAGGUAUGCAGUUAUUGGAUGAUGCCAAACAAGUUAUUGCGUUUCCAGGGACAACACUUACAGAAUUGGAAAAUGCGCUGAAACCUCAUCAACGCGAGCCCCAUUCAGUCAUUGGUUCAUCUUGUAUCGGAGCGUCUGUAAUUGGUGGAAUUUGUAAUAACUCAGGAGGUUCAUUAAUUCGUCGAGGCCCAGCGUAUACUGAAAAAUCUUUAUUUGCUCAGGUUGAUGGAAGUGGAAAGUUAAAACUCAUUAACCAUCUGGGCAUUUACUUGGGGGAAGAUCCAGAAGAAAUUCUAAGAAAUCUAGAACAAAAAAACUAUGAUCUACAAAAAGUUAACUUAGUGCAUGGAAAAAUUUGGGCUGAAAAUUAUGCCAAGACACUACGAGAUAUAACUUCCCCAACAGCGACUCGCUACAAUGGAAAUCCUGAGUAUUUACAUGAAAGCUCGGGCUGUUCAGGGAAACUAGUCGUUUUUGCAGUCAGACUUCCAACUUUUGAAGCAGCAGAAGAGGCAACCACAUACUUUAUUAGUAGUAAUAAUGAGACCGAAUUAAUAGAUUUAAGACGGUAUCUAUUAACAGAAAUGACGACUUUACCGAGUCAGGCUGAGUAUAUCCAUCGGCAUGCAUUUGAUUUAACACAACGUUAUGCAAAACAUAUGUAUAAGGCGAUUGAUAUUUGGGGCGCUGAAAAGAUUCCAGCCUUAUUUAAAUUUAAAGCGCACAUAGAUCAAUUUUUUAGAAAAUUCCCUCUUUUUCCCAAUAAUUUUACAGAUCGUUUGAUUCAACUAUUUAAUCGUUUAACCCCUUCAUGGAUCGAACCGCGUUUGCAAGCAUCCAAUCAACAGUAUGAACAUCAUUUAAUGAUUAAAGUUGAUCAACAGCAAAGUGAUGAAUUACGAGAGCUAUUGAAUCAUUUUUUUAAUGGCUCUAAAGAUCAAUUUUUCCAAUGCACUAAAGCUGAAGAAAAAAAUGCUUUUCUUAUCCGUUUUGCUGUAGGUGGUUGUGUGGUUUAUUACUGCGAAAGUACGGGAAUUGAUCCAAAUCAACGCUUAGUUUCUUUUGAUGUUGCUUUUCGACGGAAUGAUGAUUGUUGGUCAAUAGAUUUACCAGACUAUUUAAAACAACAAGUCAUGAUGGAGAGCUGUUGUGGUCAUUUUUUCUGUUUUGUUUCACAUCAGGAUUACUUACUUAAGGAAAAUGUUGAUGCGAUCCAAUUUAAGCAUGACGUACUUGCAUACUUAGAACAGCGUGGAGCCAAAUACCCCGCUGAGCAUAAUGUCGGCCAUUUGUAUAAAGCUUCUCUCGAUUAUCAGAUUCAUCUUAAAGAAUUAGAUCCAACCAAUAGUUUUAAUCCUGGUAUUGGCAAGACAAGCAAAUAUAAACAUUGGCAUUAA